AUGGCAGUGUACUCCCUUUACAUUCUCAAUAAAGCAGGUGGAUUGAUCUAUCAGAGCGACAAUGACCGACAUCCAGGCGUCAACAAGCUCACUGCCAACGACUACUUGGUUCUCGCGGGAACAUUGCACGGGGUGCACGCCAUCACCUCCAGAUUCACCACGUCCAUGAUCCAUAGCCAUGAUCCCAACACCACCAAUAUCCCCGCCAGUCGCUUGAGCGGCCCCAACACCAACAAGUCUGGCCUCCAGAGUAUUGAGACCGACCACUUCAACUUGUACGUGUUUCAAACGUUGACAGGGAUCAAGUUUAUUGUGGUGACCAGCCCCAUCCCUACCACCAACUUGGGUAGAGGCGAGUUGAACGUCCAGCUUGAGCUCGCCAACCAGUUGUUCAAAGAUCUAUACGUUCUCUACUCCGACUACGUGAUGAAAGACCCGUUUUAUUCAAUCGAUAUGCCCAUCAAGAACCCGCAUUUUGACAGCAAGAUAAAACAGUUAAUUAACUAA